AUGGAAGGAAGUGAUGAUUCUAUUAAAAAUUAUUCAAAAUCUUCAGAAGGAACGGAAGAUUCCAUUGAAAAUUCUUCUUCAACCUCAAGUUUUGAACGAACAAUAGAAAACGGAAACUCUUCCGAAAAUAAAUCAGAAAAAAGCAAUAAUAAAUUAAAACAAAGAACCCCAAAUAAACUUCAUCGUGAAGAGAAAAAGAAGAAAAAUAAUAGGGAAAAUAAUUCGAAGAAUACCAAGUUUAAGCCUUCUAAAAAUCCAUUAAACUCUGUAGAUGCUUCAGAAGAUUCUUCCAAUGCUUCUCAAGGAAAGGAAGAUUCUAUUGAAUCAAUUUCAAGCAGUUUAGAAUCAGUAAACGAAAAGGGAGAUUUAUCAAAAAAUAAGUCCUAUAUAUCAAGAAAAAACAGGAAGAGGAAGAAUCCAAAGGAAGAGUUUAAUAAGUUAAGAGACACGGAAGACUUGGAAGGUGAUGAAAGUGAAGAAGAAAGACAACCAUCAUAUGAAAGUAUUGAUGAUAGAAAUGUUGAUAGAAGACGUCCUCAUUGGAGACUUCCUAAAAUGAAUUGGCCAAGGAAUUGGGGAAAGGGUAACAAUGGAAGAAAUAAGGUUAAAGAAAAGACUGGAAGAGGGAGAAAUUUAGUUGGAAGUGAUGAGAAGGACGAGAAAAAAAAGAAAAAUUGGAGAAGAUCAAGAAGACAUCCUCACACCCCUCAUACUGCAGAAGGACAUCCUCAUAUCCCAAGAGGACAUCCAUAUACUCCAGGAAGACUUCCUCAUAUCCCAAGAGGACAUCCAUAUACUCCAGGAAGACUUCCUCAUAUCCCAAGAGGACAUCCAUAUACUCCAGGAAGACUUCCUCAUAUCCCAAGAGGACAUCCAUAUACUCCAGGAAGACUUCCUCAUAUCCCAAGAAGACAUCCACAUACUCCAGGAAGAGAUCCUCAUACUCCAAGAAGGCAUCCACAUACUCCAAGAAGACAUCCACAUACUUCGAGAAGGCAUCCUCAAACUCCAAAAAGACAUCCCCAUAAUUAUGGAACGAUGAAUAGCCCUGAAGAAACGUUUUCUGGUGAAGAUGAUAAAAGAUGGAAGAAUAGAAAAUGGAAGAAUGAUGACAAAAAUGGCUUGAGAAGAAGAAAGAUUAAAAAUCGCAAUCCGUCAGAAGAUGUUCCAAACUGGGAUGAAUAUUCAGAGGAAGAAGAUAGGAGAAGGAAAAGUUUGGAAGAAUUAGUAGAUUCUGAUGUGGAUGGUGAGAAUGAAGGAAAGCGAUGGUCUGAAGAAGAUGAAAAAAUAAAUGAUUGGAAGGAGGAUUCUGAAGAAAUUGAAGAUUAUUCUGAAGAAGAUUAUGAAGAGGUUAAGAAGAGAAGAAUAAGGAGGAAGGGGAACAAAAAUGGUGAAGGUGAGGGAAGAGGGAAGAAGUGGGAAGGAAAAAAUUCUGAGGAGAGAAAGACUAAUAAAAAUAAGAGGGCAAAAGCCUCUAAUAAGGAAGAUGAGGGAAGGAGAUAUUUUGAAAGAGAAUCUUCUGAGGAAAAGAUUGAUGACAAUAACAAUAAUUUUGGUAAGGAUUCUGUCGAAGUAAAUAAGAAAAGAUUAGAGAGGCUAAAAGGUGAAAAAGGCCCAAAAUUGUUGGGGAAGGAAGAAGAACAGGAUCCUUCAAAAAAUAAAGUAGGAAGUGAGAGUGUACAUGGUAGAGAAGAUUCAGAAGUGAAUGAAAAAGAAAGCAAAAAUGAUGAAUUAAACAAUGUUCCAAUAAAUUCGAAGAAAUAUUUGAAGAGUGGAGACAAUUCAAUGAGGGAAAGUGAUGUAGUAAAUCCUUCAAAACCUGUGCCUUUAGAAAAGGCCUUAGACUCUGUAGAUGUUUCAGAAGAUUCUUCCAAUGCUUCUGAAGGAAAGGAAGAUUCUGUUGAAUCAAUUUCAAGCCUUUCAAGUUUAGAAUCAGUACAAGAGGAUCCUGCACUGGAGGAUAUUCAUGGGAAGAAGAGUAAAGAAAAGGAGAAGAGUUUGGAAGAAAAAUCUGAAGAAGAUGGAGGAAAAGGAAAGAAUGUAAAAGCAGAAGAUUCUAAAAAAGAAGGGAAGAAUUUGGAAGAUAAAAAAGAUGAGAAGAGGAAGAUGAGUUUGGAUGGAAGGAAUUUAGAAGAGAAAAAGCCUGAAAAUAAAGAGAGAAUAAUUACAAAUAAAAAUACAGAAAAUUCUUCAAAAAAGGAAGCAAGUGAUUCUGAAGGUAGAAAGGAUACUAGUGAGGAAGAUCAGGGGGGAUUGGGAGAUAAAGUGAAGAAUUUGAAAGAAAUUUAUUUGAGGAAGAAAGCGAAAAAAGGAAAUCACUCAAAAAGUGAAGGAAAUAUUUUGGAUGAGAAAAGGAGGGUGGAAAAUAGGAAGAAUGAAGAAAAGGAGGAUCGCGAGGACACUAAGGAAGAUAAGGGAGGAAUAGGAGAUAAAGUGAAGGAUUCGAAGGAAAUUUAUUUGAAGAAAAAAGGGGAGAACGAAAAUCAUUUGAAAAAAGAGGGAAGAGAAGGGGAAGAUCGGGAGGACAGUAAGGAAGGUAAAGGAGGAAUAGGAGAUAAAGUGAAGGAUUCAAAAGAAAUUUAUCUGAAGAAAAAAGGGGAGGAAGAAAAUCAUUUGAAAAGGGAGGGAAGAGAGUCGGAAGGAAAAGAAGAUGAAGUUGAGAAUGAAAAUGGAAAAGGAUUAGGAAAUAAAGUAAAGGAUUCGAAGGAAAUUUAUUUAAAGGAAAAAAUAAGGAAGAAUUUGGAUAAAAAUAAAAAUAGGAUUAAUAGCCCUUCUAAUCUUCCAGAAGAUCAUUCAGCGUUAGAAAAGGAUUCUGAAGAAGAAGGUUUAGAAGAGGAUACUUUAAAGAAUGAGGGUGGAGGUAUUAAAAAGAACAAAAAUAAAAACAAGUAUUUGGAAGAGGAUCAUUCUAAGUGGUUCGAAGGAAGUGAAGAAGAGGAUGGGAAUGAAGAGGAGGACGAGUCAGGAGAAGAGGAAGAUGAGUCUGGGGAAGAGGACGAAGAGGAAGAAGACGAGUCUGUGGAAGAUAAAAGUGAAGAUAACAAGAUAAAUAAGAAGUAUUUGGAGGAAGACCACUCAAAAUGGUUUGAAAGCAGUGAAGAAGAGGAAGAUGAAGAAAGUGAAGAAGAGGAAGACGAUGAGGAAGAUGAGGAGAGAAAUCAUUGGAAGCAGUAA